AUGAAAAAGUCAACAUUCUAUUUUAUAUGCGAACAUAUUCAUCCUCAUCAAGUACAAUCUCUUUUUCUUUCUGAUGAUGAACAUACUCCGGGUCAAAUUAAACUCUUCAUGUCUCUUUUACCACUUAUUAAAUUUAAUAAUCUUCAAUAUAUAAGUAUUAAUCAAGUUCAUGAUGCUGAUUUACUUUUCAUGAUGCUAUCACAUCUUGAAAAUCAUAUUCAAAUCCAAUCUCUAUCAAUAAAUGGUUAUCCAAUUCAAGUAAAUAAAAGAAAAUCUCGUUCUAUUACUGAGAUAUUGACAACUUUACCUUCUUUGGAACAUUUGACAUUCAUAGACAGUUCACAGUUAAUUACUCUUCAACAACCAUUAUCUAAACUUACUCAUUUAACUAUUCAUUCUUGCACAUUUAACGAUUUACGAAUGAUUUUUCAUUGGGUUCCGAAUCUAUUUUAUCUUCAGAUAUCAAUACCAUUCGGACACCAUAUGGUAACAUUUGAUUAUAUUCCAUUGCAUUUAAGUUUUCUAAUAAUCGAAUCAAAAAGUUGGACAUUAUUUAAUGAAUUCGAAAAUCUUUUUUCACUUACUCCAUCACUCAAAAGUCUUGUACUAACAAUAACAGGCGAACAAGAUCUACUUGAUGGUAGACGAUGGAAGACAUUAAUUAAAACAAAAUUACCACAUCUAACAAAAUUUGCAUUGAAUAUAACACCAGAGGAGAAUAACAUGACUGGUGACAAUGUACUUAUACCCUUUCAAGAUUCAUUUUGGACAAUUGAAAAACGCUGGCAUAUGGCUUGUUUGAUCUCGACUACAACAUCAUCAUGCGCAAGAUUAUUCUCUGUACCUCAUUUCUCUUCAACUGAUGUUUGGUAUCCACCAGGUGAAGGCUUUUUUAACUACUCAUUAACGCCUUAUUCAUUCAAUGAGAAUUGCACAGAAUUGCGAUUGAUUGAUUUUCCUUCAGAGGAUCUCAUUCCAACACCAUUCAAACAUAUCCGAACCUUAUGGCUAGAAAGUAGCAUUGAUACCAUAGAUCAAUUACAAAAAUUUAUCAAUUUGUUAUCUGUCAAUCAUCUAAAAAUUGGAGGGUGUGUACGACGCAUACCGUUGAACGAUCUUUUUCAAGCAGCACCAAACAUUUAUCAACUAACUAUGUGUGGUAAAACAUUGGUACAAAUUAUCAAUUCACUUCCAGAUAGUCAAAAUGUAUUUGAACAAAUAAAAAAUUUAAAUAUGAAACAAACUGUACAUAGUAUGGAUAUUGAUCAAAUCUGUCAAUCAUUUCCAAAACUAGAACAUAUUUCUUUGUCCGUCAAGAAUCAAGAUGAUAUUUUUCGAAUCUUUAAUGAACUUCAUUAUCUAAACAGCAUAGCUGCCCAUUGGACUUGUCCUUUCAAAACGCCUCUGUCAGUAAUAGAUGAGUAUUUACAACAGAAUAACAUCUGUACUGAUGGAACGUAUUCAUUUCAUGUAUCUUCACUUCAUGUAUGGAUGGAUUAA